UCUCACUAUCGUGGCGGGGGCUUCAAGUAGCAAUGGCAAAGGGGGCCGACAGGCCGCCCCAGUCGACGUGGGGUCUCCCCUACUCGACUGGGAGGAGGCUGACCAUUUCAGUUUUGAGGAUUCAGAGAGAUUCGAAGAAGAUUCCUUAUGCAGCUGGAGUUCAGAGCCUGAGAGCCUUUGCAACAACUGGCGAGGUUGGAGAAGGCCAAAUCUUCAGAACUCAUUCGGAACCCGAUCGACAAAAAAGAACAUUCAAGAAAAGACAGUUUCAACACUAAGUGAACUUGCAGCAAAAUGCGUAGCAUCUCACAUACCAUUUGAAUUAGUUGAACAUGUCUAUCCACCGGUACCGGAGCAACUUCAACUCCAGAUUGCAUUCUGGAGUUUCCCUGACAGUGAAGAUGACAUCAGGUUGUACUCCUGCCUUGCAAAUGGCUCAUCUGAUGAGUUCCAGAAAGGAGAACAUUUGUUCAGAGACAGAGCAGUCAAAGAUGUCUUACAAAUUGGUUUCCACUUAUCUGCAACAGUAGUUGUUCUAAGUAUGCCUCGGGCGCAGUUCAAUGUGGCCGUAACCUUUGACAGACAAAGAAUAUCAUCCUGCAACUGCACUUGCUCCUCAACAGCUCAUUGGUGUUCACAUAUUGUUGCUGUCUGCCUUUACAGAAUACACCUUCCAACUCAAGUAUGCUUGAGAGCACCAGUUUCGGAGUCAUUGCAGCGGUUACGAAGAGAUCAACUGCAGAAGUUCGCACAAUAUUUAAUAUCAGAGUUGCCGCGGCAAGUCUUGCCGACGGCCCAACGUAUUUUGGACGAACUUCUGUCGGCCCAACCGAACACAAUAAACACGACAUGCGGUGCACCCGACCCUACCGCCGGGGCUUCGGCUUACGAGUACACAUCCUGGUUCCUUGACGAGAAGACCUUACAUAACAACAUCAACAAGAUUUUAGUCAAGUUCUGUGUUCCAACGCCUAUAGUAUUUAGCGAUGUCAACUAUCUAAGUACAAGCGCGCCUCCCGCUGCGGCAGAGUGGUCGUCGUUGCUGAGGCCACUACGAGGCAGGGAGCCAGAAGGCAUGUGGAACUUACUCUCUAUUGUCAGAGAGAUGUUCAAGAGAAACGACAGAAAUGCUAUACCUCUCCUGGAAAUUAUCACUGAAGAAGUUAUGGCUUGUGAACAGAUUAUAGUAUGGUGGUACACAACCAAAGCUGCUUUAGUAGCAUGGGGCAACAACGGAGGCGGCGGCAAGCAUGGCGGUGGCGGCGGAAAUUCUGCCGCUCAACAUGCCUGCUCUUCUCUGUGUGACGAGGUGGUUGUAUUGUGGCGCUUAGCUGCUUUAAACCCAGCUUUAGCACCUCACGAACGUGACACAUUACACGAACAAUUUGCACAAUGGCACAUGAAAGUGCUAGAUAAGGUGGCGAAGAGUCGUAAUACUCAUAUACCAGCAAGUUCGUCGUCGCACAGUCGCCACUCGUCGCGUUCUCACUCACACUCUCCUUACAUCAACGGCAUAAGUGAGAACGAAGUCUUUCCCGGCUUCCACCCGGCAAUGGAAGCUUGCUUCUUAGAGUGGGACGACUAUCAGAUACCGGGCGUCACAUAUACUAAAGACUUGAACCCACUUUACCAUAGCCCUUUCACUAUCUUCAGACAUGCAGACAAGCAAAACGAUAGUGUGCAUCAGGUAAAUUCGUCUAAAGCAGUGUUGAAUAACGAGAUGUCACUAAGUUAUAGACUUACGAAUCCUGAUCCCUCUCUGCACGGCCAUCGUACUACUGUUCUUAGAAAUAGUCAUAUUGCAGUUGACUUAGCGAUUCCUGGCCCAUCAAGUCAGCCUUGUGGAACUGAAGAAGGACCCAGUGAUCCACCACGCGACUCUGGACCCAGCGAUGGCAACCACUCUAGUGUCUCGUCUGAAGGUUUCUGCGAGAACGAAGAGGAGAUUCUACAGCAGAGUGGUGGAGAUACAGACUCUCAGGAGUCAAGCUCUCCCCCCAUAUCGUCUGAUGAUGCCCAACGUCGCGUUUCUAACGAUGAGUCGGUGUCCGAUGAUGACUGUAACUUGUACUUCUACGACACUGCUGCUGCCAGGAGGGCAGUGGCCGACGAGGGAACUAGCUCAGGAACCGUCGUUUCGAUGAGUGCGAGCAGUUCGUGCGGCAUGGGCUGGGCGUGCGGGUGGGAGGGGUCGUUCGCGCGUGCCGAGGGUCUGCACGCGCACGGGCACGCGCGCGAGGCCUGCGCCCUGGGCGCGCGCCUGGCGCGGGAGCUGCUGGCGCGGCCGCCGGCGCUGGGCGGCGCCAACCUAAUGCCGUCGCUGGACCCGAAGAAGCCGCGGCGGCGCCACACGCCGAGCCCGCGCCUGUGCGCCGCCAGCCACCGCCUGUCGUGCCUGGCGUCGGCCACGCUGGCCAAGUGCGCCUUCCUCUGCACCGUUUUAGCAGAAUUCAGCGAACACCACGAGCUUGCCUUCCGGGUAGGUCUGUUUGCACUUGAGAUGGCUCGACCGCCGGCGAGUACUAAGGCUUUGGAAGUAAAACUAAAUAACCAAGAAACGGAGUUAGUUUCUCUACUGAAGAAACUUCCAACUGGCGCCGAACAGUUAGCUUUAGCUCGAGAAAAAGCCGAACAAUUGCGCGACGGUACGCUAAGGAACCGCGGACCAGCUUUGCUGCCAAUAGCGUUAGCGAGCUUCCUAUUCGAUGUGUUGGUUUUAUCUGCUACUGAUAAAGAUAAUAAACAUCCUGUAAGUAAACAUUACAAAUUAUUUAUUCACAUAUGUGUAGAACAACUAGAUACAAUAACGAUAAAAUAUUGUUUUCAACAGGCAAGGUCGCCAAAUGAUGAAACACUAGGCUUUGAAGCCGCUGUUGCAGCUUUAGGUCUCAAAGCCAAUGUGUCCGAAGCAGAUCAUCCUCUACUAUGUGAGGGUACAAGAAGACAGCGCGGAGAGUUGUCUCUGACGCUUUUGUCUUUCUACAAAGAUGAUCCUGUCAAACUUGCUAGGAUUAUGAAUAAAUUGCUGGACCGCGAGAUCCACCAGUUGACGAAGAGUCCGAUGGUGAGCCUGUACUACAUGAACAACCCGCGCCUGGCCGCCUACCGCGCCGACGUGGCGCCGCACGCCGCCUUCGCACCGCUCCCACCGCACGCGCCCAACACUCUGCCGCCUCAGGCGGUGUGCCUGAGCGCGGAGUUGGAGCGGCUCGUGGUGACGGAGGACGGGACGUCGCCCCCCGCGCACUCGUCGCUCGCGUCCCAUGCGUCUCUCGCGUCCCAUGCGUCGCACGCGUCUCACGCGUCGCACGCGUCCCAUGCGUCGCACGUGUCACAUGCGUCUCACGCGUCACACGUGUCGCAUGCGUCUCACGCGUCACACGUGUCGCACGCGUCUCACGCGUCCCACGUGUCGCAUGCGUCGCACGCCUCGCACGCGUCCCACGCGUCGCAUGCGUCUCACGCGUCGCACGCAUCGCACGCGUCUCAUACGCCGCAUCCUGUGCCCCACGCUUCUUCCACGCACACGCCUAUCUCCAGGGCCAAGGAUUCCAGAUAUAAAGGCAAGCGCCAGUACCCUUCGGUGCCCAACCAGCCAUCCGAAGCGUCUGCGCACUUUAUGUUCGAGUUGGCUAAGUCCGUACUAUUCAAAGCUGGUGGGUCAUCCAGCACUAGUCUGUUCACACAACCCUCAUGUGCCAGGGAACACCAUGGACCUCACAGAGGUUUACACAUGGCCGCAUUUCAAUUGGGACUUUACGCCCUUGGCCUACAUAACUGUGUAAGUGCGAACUGGCUCAGUCGCACUUAUUCAUCUCACGUUAGUUGGAUCACAGGUCAAGCUAUGGAUAUUGGCGCACCUGCUAUUUUAUUCCUGAUUGACGCGUGGGAAGGACAUUUAACCCCGCCUGAAGCUGCUAGCAUCGCUGAUAAAGCGUCUUCAGGCCGCGACGUGCCCACAGUCCGCGCGGCGGCAGAGCUGGCCCUGUCGGUGUUGCCUCACGCGCAUGCGCUCAACUACAACGAGAUACAGCGCGCCGUAUUGCAAUGCAAGGAACAAAGCGAUUCUAUGCUCGAGAGGGCCUGUCUUACUGUUGAAGCUGCCGCUAAAGGUGGUGGCGUGUAUCCUGAAGUAUUGUAUACAGUGGCCCGCUACUGGCACGAGCUCUACCUCCGACAGGCCAACGAGGAGACCGAGCCAUUGCUCGACGAGCCACAGUACCGCGCCCAGCCACCGCCUCUUGCCGUACCAGUGCCCUACCCCAUUCCCUACCCAUUCACCUACCAUCCCUACCCGCCCACCAUCUACCAGCUUCCGUACGCAGGCACAGGUCCUCCACAUCCUCCGCCGCAGUACGCGCUGCCGCCGUACUUCGUCCGUGGUAUAGUGGCGCCGGCCGCCGCGCCCGCCCUCGCGCAGCAUCCGCAGCACCAGCAACACGCGCCGCUUCCGCAGCACGCGCAGCAUGCGCAGCUCCCGCAACACGCGCAGCAUCAGCCGCUGCAGCAACACGCGCCGCUACAGCAACACCCCCAGCACCAACCGCUGCAGCAACACCAGCCGCUACAGACUCACCAACCGCUGCAACCGCACCAGCCGCUACAACAACAUCAACCGCUACAGCAACAUCCGCCACUACAAACGCUGCCGCAACCCCUGCAGCAACACCCACAGCCGUUGCAGCAACAUCCCCAACCAUUGCAGCAACACCCACAGCCGCUGCAGCAACAUCCUCAACCGAUGCCGCAACACCCGCAACCGCUACAGCAGCACCCGCAACCGAUACCGCAUCCACAACCGAUGCAACAUCCGCAACACCAGCCGAUGCAGCAUCCUGCCCUUACCCAGCACCCACCGAUGCCGCAACAUGUUACACAUGCCACUCCGUUACCACAGACUAUAACUGUCAACGCUACAGUCCAUCAAGUCCAGCACCCAGCCCCGAUCCCGCCGCCGCUGCCGGGCCCGCAGCAGAUGGUGCCGGUGGCGGGCGUGUCGGCCAGCGGCGUGAGCGUGGCCAGCGUGAGCGGCGUGGGCAGCGUGGGCAGCGUGGCGGGCGUGGCGCCGGCCGCGCAGCCCGCGUCGCAGCCCGCCGCGCCCAACGUCAACCAGACGCAGCUGCGCCGCCUGCUCGCCGCCUACCGCGUCGGGAUGUUGGCCUUGGAGACGCAAGCCCGUCGCGUACACGAUGAUCGUCCACAAAAUAAGUUUGGCAGGAACCCGCCGUACGGCGAGCACGUGAAGUGGUUGCUGCGCAUAUCGAAGCGCCUGGGCGCGCAGUACCUGCACCAGUUCUGCGUGUGCGCGGUGAACUCGGUGGUGUCUCCGUUCGUGCUGUACGAGCUGUGCGUGGAGUCGGCGCACUGGCUGGCGCGCGGCGGCCCGCACCACCUCGUCAUGCAGCACCUGCGCGGCACGCUCGCGCCGCUCGUGCAGAAGUGCCAGCAGAUGUACAUUCAAUGCAUCCAUCAAAAGCUGUACCACCUGACUACAGUGGAGUAUGAAGAGUUCGUGAGCAUCGUACUGUCGGCGCGCACCGCGUUCCAGCUCACGCCUGAAGGAAACACACAGUUCAAGGAGUGGCUCGCUUCACUGCGCAGGUCCAAAUCGUGCAAGAAAGAUCUGUGGACGCAGCUGAACGCAGCUCUGCAGACAAAUGGCAAAUGACGUCGGCAGCCGAUAGUUUGUAGAGUGCGGUGUACCGCGCGCAAACUGUCACAACACAGGCGAUGGCCGCGUUAUCGGCUUGUAUACCAUCUACAUAAUAAUAUUUAACUAUAUUACAUAUUGUGUUAUUUGUAAUUUGAGUUCUUGUUUACUACGGAAACGAUUCUAUCAGUACUGAAUGAUUGAUGUAUUGUUAAUACACGUUACAGGAUUGAGAGGUUAUAAUAUACUUUAAGCUAGUAACUAGUAAUUGGGACUUGAGAUAUUUCUAAUCGUUGAUGAAAUCAUAAGUAAUGUGAAAAUACUUAUAAUAAAUCUGAAAAAUAGUAAUUCGUAAAGAUAAUCGAGACAUGAAAAUCAGAAGGUGUAUGUAAACUUAAAUUACAAAUAAUAUAAUUCCGACUUGAGAAGAUAUAACCUCUGUUAGAAAUAGUAACACUCGACUUUGAGGGUAAUCGAUCUCAGUGUAAACACAAACGGAAAGUAUCGGUGAUCACAUGAAAUGUUGCUAACUCCUAAUAUAUGUUCAGCGUUUUUGCACAUUCAUAUAUUUGUUUGUAUAAUCGUUUCAAGACAUUCGCGAAACCGUUUUUGUGUCAGAGAACAGAAUGAAAAUUCAUAAUCAUAAUUUUAUUGUCGUUUGAAUUCACGUUACUAACACGAGAGAAACAUUCAAGCUCAUUUGAAGGUUGUGCUUAAAUAGUCUGAGAUUUGGUUGUUAUCGGAGUUUAUUGUAAGAAGAGUUCAUGUUUGCACCAUUGCUAUUUGAGGAGUUUAGCAACAUUUAACUUGUUUUUCUUAGAUUGUGCAGUGUGACUUCUCAUAAAUGAUGUUAACCACUUCCAUCUUCUAAAUUGCUUAUUUUGUAAGACAUUGCACAAAAUCACCUUGAAUUCCCUUUUGUUUUUCCGUGGAUUUUUAAUAAUCUUGACACACUUGAACUAGUCAGUGGUUUUGAAGAUCCGUAUUUGGUGACCCAAUGGAACUUCUCAACUGUAGCUCAUUUAGUUUUCUUUUUUUUUCUUUGAAUAGCUUAAUGUAAGACAUAAGUUGGAUUUUAAUGUCUUUUUACGUAUAAGGUUUUAGAACCUUUUGACUGCAUUCGCGUAAAAGGUAUUAAAUGAUAACGAAAUCAUGGAGAAUGUUAAUCAGGAUCGGAACUUAUAUCCAAUAUUGGAGUUUUGAGUCGAAAUGUUUCAGUUGUGGUUAGCAUUUUGCUGCUUUUAGUUAAUUCUAAUUGCUAGGUGGGCAUCUGAUGAUAUAAGAAGGAUUAACUAUGUUUAGAGAAAUAAUAAUGAGAUGCAAUGCUUAUUUUCAUGCUAACCCUCUAUAGAAGCCUUUAGUGCUAGAGUUAAUUCAUCAGUUAGUUCAGUAUGCAUAAGUGUAAAGGAAUUCAAAUUAUGUAGCCGUGGGACUUGAUUCAGUGGCGUGGACAUUUAAAAGUCAGACAGAAAUUCGGGCGUUAAUUACUUAAUUAAAUCAGUGUCCACUUAGCGGUUUUGUCGUGAAGAUCUCUAUCAUUUUGUAAGCUUUUAGAACAUAGUACGUCACUCAUUUAUUGUAUGCGUUUCAUCGUUCUUUUUAUUUUAGUGUAAUGCGAGUUUUCAUUAUAUCAUUUGGAAGAUUAAGAUCGCGAUGCGCUAUUAUUUAUACUUUUUAUUUGUUUUAUUUUUAGCAGGAAUUGUGCUAAUUGUUUUUUUGGUUGGGUUAACGUCGAUUACGCAAUGUUACAUUCACCAAUACUGACUACUAUAACGUAUAAAACGACUACAAUGUUAUAUUAUAUGUUUAUUAAAUCAAGACUUUUAAUUGUAGUCGAUUUAUAAGAUAUUCUCGUGAAUGUAACUCAAGUAUUGCGACGAAAAUACGGAAUUUCAAAAUUGUAACCAUAGUCCAUAUUACACGAAUUGGCUUAAGAUGUUUCAAGUGACCUAAAUAGCGUCAUUAGACUACAGAUUAUUAGACAGAAUGUAGGCGAUGACCGUCGAUACACUAUUUUUGAUAUUCUCUUGUCGAAAUUUGCAGUUUCAUGAUGUUUAAUGUAAUAACGUCUCGCGAAGAUAUGUAGACGUGCGUUCUAUUAACUAUAGUGACUUUAUUUACACGUUUUUAUUAUAAUACAUAUUAUAUAUAAAGUAUAUGGUAAUGCGUAGUAGCGUUGAGAGCCUCUGAAAUAUAUUUAAAUAAUAAUGUGUAUGAAGCGUGUGCUGGCAACAAAUGAAUACCGCAACAUUAACUUCUCGAAGAUAUAAUGUUCAUUUUUAAUCACAUUUGCUGAACAAUGAUUGUCGGUUUCAAGGUCUUCGCGUUAAUUACAUUCGAGCGGGUUAAAGUGAUAAUUUAACACGAUUGGCACGCUGAAAAUUAGAAUUUUAUAGAAUAAGUCAGACGGUAAUAUAUUAUUGUGUAUAUUAUAUUAAACGUAAAGUGCUAGAAAUUCUCCUAACAUGAAAGCAAUAUUGAAAUAUCAUUUUAUAAUAAAUAUUACGAGAUUUAGAAAUAUGUAUUGUCUAUUCGCAAGAAUAUUAUUGUAAUUGAUGUGGUGGUACAUUAAGUAUAAAUGAAAGUUGUGCAUGUUUAGUAAAAACGAUUAACUUGCCGGUAGUUUGCGUGUUCGUGUCUUUUUGAAUAUCGUAAUACGCUAGUAUAAAUUGCUCAAUCAAGUAAACAAGUGAAUGUUCAGAGAAUUUGCGAGUAAACCGUAUCAGCGGGCUUUGGUUGUGCUCUACUUCAAAGAUACGGGAAAUAUUUACUAAGAGGUCGGAGUCGGAAACAGCUGUCGUAAAAUGUAGCUAAACCAUAAAUGUUUUAAAAUUUGCAAUACAAUUUGUUUGGACCCUGAAAUGAUAAAUAUACACAAGCGAGACAUUUGAACAAUCAGCUUGAGCAAAUCAGUGCUAUUAGCCCCGGACUGGACAUGUAAUAUGGUGUAAUAUGAUCUAAACUGUAGUCCCUUUUUUUUGCAAUCUUGAAAGAGGUUUUAGGACUCCUGUGCAUAUUCUAGAGUGAAGGAAAGUCUGACAUUGGAAUGAAAUUUGUUGCCAGCCUAAGCAUCAAGUAGUUUUAGUUCAAUAUCUUUAUAAAAUUAGAUGUUUAUGUGCAUUCAUUAAGUGUGAAUGUUUCAGCAUUCAGUAGAUAGUAAAUUUUAGAAUGCUAGUUAGAUUAAAUUGAAGGACGUUACAAUCAGAUCAAAGUUAAGGUUUACUAUUUUAAGUGACUUAAAAAAAUAUGUUCAGAAUUUUAAUCAGGAAAAUGGUUGUAUGGUAUUUCCUAAAUAGACUAUUUGAUUGUUCGAUAUUCAUAUUCAGAAUUAUCCUCUGCACAAAAGUUUGCUGUUACCAACUCGUUAAUAAUGCACUUUGAGUUUUCGUUUUUUUGCGUGUUUCUUAGGGAAUAGCAUUUCGUAGCGUUUUUUUGAUUAGGUUUAUGUUAGGUACGUACAUAGAUUAUAAGAACUAUACUGUAAAGAUACGAAUGCUUUAACAUCACAAGAGAAAGAUGGACUCAAAUCAGUGUUCUUUUUAUCAGAAAUAUACUGCAUAUGUUAUUGGACGAGUAUCUUUGCAGUAUCUCUCUCUAUCGCGUCCAAUUUUGUCUACUCAAUUCACAUUAUUUUAUUAAAUUUUAUUUAUUUUUACUACCUCGUUAAUCAGACUUAAAAAUUAGAAAGAGUUUAUCCUACGUCAUUAGGUUAUAAAACGUGUAUGUGGACUUUUCCGUAGAUUACAGAAUAAUGUUUUAUUUCUUUUUAUUUCCUACUAUUCCUAAUUUUCUUCCUACAUAUUUCUUGCUAUUUUACACAAUAUAAAUACAGUUAAAAAUAUAGCCUUAUAAAAUCGUGAUGUGCUUCAUUUUCACGAAAUACAGUUCUUUCAACACAUUCACAGGAUUAAUGAAGUAGGUAUCUCUUGGGAAGACAGUAAUGGUCAUAGAUAUUUGCCGUCCAUAAAUUUAUUUGCAGAAUUAUACUCCUUUUUAAGUCAUCUUCCAGUUGAAUUGAAAGUAUAUUACAGUUCAAUAGCAAUACGCUCGUCGGGCAUUAUUAACAUUUUCUGGUAUAAUUUAGUUUACUAUAUUUUUUUGCAAUAGUCUUUAAAGCGCUUCGACAUUUUUGUCUCAAAAACUAUUUUUACACGAUAAAGCGUAUUUAAACAAACAACAAAAAAAAAAAGAUUAAAUAUAUCGUUAGUUUCGUAAAUAUAGAACGUUAGUACGGAGCAUAUUUUAAUUAGUCGUUUAAUGCAUGUUCAUAGAUUUAAUUCGCCCAGAGUCAGGCAAGUUUGCGAGGUGUUCCAUAGGUGUUGCGGUAUCCCAUUGAUUUGCAGUUAUCAGUAUCACAUAUCAGAUCGACUUCUUGUCGGGAGAUUAUUCAAACAAGCAUAAUUUAAUGACAAUCACAAUUAAUUAAAUUAUUAUAUUUCUAGCGUUGAAUGUUGAAUUUACUUACUAAGUCAGUGGCAUAAUGAAAAGUGGAUUAGACAUACAUUACAUUAAUUGAUUCGCGAUCAUGCGAUACUUAUGUUAUUUAAUUAUUUAUCAGACUACAAAAGAAUAAAAUUGAUUGCAUGUAUUUAUAAAUAUACUCGUAUUUAUUUACAUAUACAUAAAUUAAAAUAAAAGCGUAUGUCUUUUCCGCAAUGAUUGGUCUACAUUAUUAGAGUGGUAGGGCACAGCUAUUGAACAUAUUUGAUAGUUCAGGAUCGUGGGCAAUGGGCCAUUAGCUGCAACAGUUGUACUGAGUUUUGUUCUUUAAUACUCAUGGCAAUGUAUGCAUGUCGAACUACGUCACAUCACAAGUCAGUUUAGAAUUAUUGAGGAUAUCAGUCUAGCAAGUUUGUUUAGUUCUACAUCGAAGAUGCAUAAUUAUUUUAUACAUCUGGAUUUGUAGUUUAAUUAUAUUGCACUUUGUAAGUGUGGUGUCUCCGCCUAUUAAAGUAUUUAACCAUUUACAGAGUUCGAAUGGCUACUUAUUAGUGUACGUAAUAAAUUUAUAUAAUGAUGAUAUUUUAUUGUGCAUAAAGUAUAUUUGAAAGUGUUGCAAAACAAAGAUGUCCAGUUUGCCAUUAUCGGGUUGGAAGUACUUACUCUAAUAAUUUCAAUUAUAACGAAGUUGGAAGUUAUAUUCGAUAUUGCGUUUAUAAUUUGCAGCAGCAAGUGACGCGCAUAAUAAGAAUAUAAUUAAGUGGUACGUAGCAAUUUGGGAAUGACAUUUAUUGUUUUGUGUACACUUUUCAAGUCAUGUACUAUGAAGCAACAGUAUGGAGCGUCCAGCUCUCAAGAUAUCCUUGUUAAAUAUUGUUCAACUCAUAUACAUUAUAGCAUUCUUUGCAAAAAUCUCAAACGAACUGUUUAUUUUUUUGUGCCACGAUCGUUUCAAAAACUGUCCGCCAUGUUUACCUGCAGGACGAAAGACUGACAAGAACAUUGAAAUAGUCGAAAGUGGAGACUUUAAGAUAAACCAGGAUGUCUAGAAAUGAUACUGUUAUAGCAUACGUUUAUCGGGUUAAUAUUUUCCUUAGACAUUUUAUUGUGAGCGAAUUGUUUUCAGACAUCCUGUAUAAUUAUAGAAAGUGCCCAUACAUAUAGUAUUUAUUAAAUAUAGCACUAGACAUUUUGCUCCGUUGUCGCAAAUGGUUGUAAUUAUAAAGAUAUAGUUAAUAUUAAUUAGUAAAAUGAUAGACUGUUUUGCACGACUUCUGGUUUGACCGUGUCAACUCUUCUUCCUCACGUUGUCUCUUUACAUGCAAACAACUACCUGAACACUUUGUGAUGACAAGUUCUUCUCUGAAGUUUGCCGGUUGCAUGUCAACCUACAACGUUUUCAAUUUUCGGUACAUUCAACCUACUUGCAUCCCACAUAAAAAUGUGUUUCUACUCAAUCUCGAAAUAUUUUGACCUCUUAACGUUUUAUUAUUACUUUUACGAUUACACUAAGUCUUUUUUGGCAACAUAUUUGAAGUAAUAUUAUUUAAUUAUUCAAUAUACUUAUCUAUAUUAAGA